AUGCCGCGCAAGCGCGAGGUGAUAGAGCUGCUGGACUCGGACUCUGAGGAGGGAGGCGGAGGCGGGUCUGACUACGAGCCCACCGCUGCCGCCAAGAAGGCGCCCAAGCGCAAGGCCGCAGCGGCGCCAAAGGCCAAGCAGCCGCGGGCGCCCAAGGCACCCAAGAAGGAGGCCGAGGAGAAACGCACCGGGCCAGAUGGGAAGACUGUCAGGAAGCUGGGCGCACCCUCCCAGAAAGUCCAGGACCGCAUCGCGCGCGCCCUACCAGGCUCUGCGCACCGCAUGUUCCUGGUGUCGACAGAGGAGGUGCGGCCCGCGGGCGCCCCCGGCGGGAGGGCCCACAAGUUUGCGGUGCUGGGCGCCACCGGCAACGGUGCGGGGGCAGCGCAGAGGGGAGGGCUGUUCGCUGGGGAUGACGGCGUGCGCUGGGGCGAGGACGGGCGGGGCAUCGGCAAGGAGAGCGCGCUGACCGUGCAGUGA